AAAAAAAUUAUACUUAGUGUCGGAACUUCAACUAAAAAAUAUUGUUCACAAACAAAAGUGGCAAUCAAAGUGGUACGUGAGAAUUUGUAUUAAAAAUAACGGUACUGUCUGGAAGCACGUGCUGCUCAAUUGGCGUAUGUCUCCCAUUUAUGCAGCUUCUUUAGCUACUUUUUGCCAUUUAAAUUCUUUUAUUUGUCUUCGCUGUUGACUGACAGUUGGCCUCGUGCACUUGAGCAAGAACCAACAAGAAGAAAAGCAUGUAGCACAUUUCGAAAUAUCAUAUACCCCACAAAUUCGCUAGCUGACUCAACCAGCAGCUCGAAGAUGCCUACGCUAGUAGCCUACACACAAAGGCUGUACGCCUGGACGCUUAUGCGCCGCCAUGGAUUGCUCUUUCGCUUGCAAGUGUUGCUGUGGGAGCGUUUAACUAACCGAAUAACAGGCAAAAAUGGUAGAGGAGUGACAUAAAGGAAGCGUGGGAAUGUCUCAGAUGAGAGAACAGAAAUGUUAAAUGAGAGCGCGCAGUGUGACAUUCAGUGAGCGCAUUGGAAUGCAAGGUAAAGAGGAGAAUAAACAACAAAGCGCGGAAGUGAGUAAAGGAAAUUCACAAAACAAAAAUACAAAAAGGAGGUGGAAGUAAAAAUUAUAAACUGGCGCGUAUAGUUGGCUGUCAUUUUGACAGUUCACAGAGAGAGAGAGAGAGAGUUACGCAGUUAUUCUCCGACCUCUUAUGCCUUGGUAAGCAUGUGUCACGACUAAUACUCGGCUAUGCCUCCUUAAACUACUUUUCCGAACACUGCCAGCACUGCUGCGACGUCGCCUUCGCACGAGUGAGCAACAAAAUAACAGCAACCGCCGCAGCAGCGGAAGCGCCACAAGCCACGGUCUGGCUGCCAUAUGGAGUAGAAUGGCGAAUAAAGGAAGUAAAGUAGUUGAAGUUGAAUUGUUGCAAAGCAGCAAAAGGAAAUAUGAGUAUAAUUCGGCGCUCUUCGUCUUUUGUGUAGUUGUUGUGCUGGUCGUCGACCAGUGUUUUGUUGCUUGAAUGGCCUAACUAUGCCGCGUGCAUGCUCAUUCGCUCAGCUCAGCUCUUCAGUUAGUUUGGUUUGACGGUUCGCUGGCUGGCUGGUUGGUUGCUUGGCUUAUUGGCUCACAGACUGGUUACGCGAAGCGAAGUGAAGUUGAUGCGAUUUAUUUGUUGUUUGUUGCCAAACGAAUGCGGUGAACUACCAGCGUUGAGUGCUGUGCUGUGCCGAACGCUAUGCGGAGCUGAGUUGAACUCUGUGUGCCGCAAAUGUAGCCGUGAAAUCUGGUGAAUGUCGUGUGUCUUCAACAGUCACUGAUGGCACUACUAACCGAUUUAAAAGUUCACCGCUCAAGUGUCUGUGCGUGCGUGUGUAUGUGUGCUGGUCGCUGCUGGCGCCGUCAAGAUUUGAAAUUCUAUGACCGAUUGUGGCAGCAAAGCGUUUUGUGAAAAGUGGAGUUAUAGCAAAAAAAUAGCAAACUUCAGUGAGUCGGAAAUGCCUAUGCGGGCUGGUGAUUUAAAGAAAGAAUAUUAAAUAAAUAUUAUCAGCAAAUAGUAAAAAAAAUAUGCUUUAAAUCUAAAUCACAAAAUAAUAGUAAAAGCACAAAUCACUUCUGCGCCUAAAAGUAUGCAAAUUUGGCAUUCGUGAUGCAACAUAAAAAGUGAAAGUUGUGUGGUGUGGCAAAAGAAAUAUAUAUUUAUAUGAUAAAUGCAGCAAUUCAGUAAAUGACAAGAAAAAAAUCGAAUAAAAUGGCUCGAGUGCAACAACAUGUGACAACGCCUAAAAACAUGCAACGAAAAAGAGGAGUUACAAAAAUCUGACCUUGCGUCAGUUGCUAUGCAAUCCAGCAAAUAAAAAUGCAUGUGCGUGUGUGAAAAUAUAAAUUUUCAAAAAAACAACAAAACAAAAAUAUAGUAAAUAAAAAUAAAAAUAUUUUUUUCAAAAAACAUUAAUGCUAAAUGACAGUAAAUGUUUUCAAUUGCUUAGUGCUUAGUAUUGGCUUAGUUUAUAGCGUGUUGGCGCGGCACCUAGACAUUUUCGAAAUUCCGACACUGUUGCUUGAUUGCUAAGGAAAAUAUCUAUAAUAUAUACAGUUAAUUAAACUGUACAGAAAUUAAAAAAAAAUUACAAAUAAUAAAUUAUAAAUAAUAGUGCGCACUUAGCUUUUAAUAAAUUGCGCAACUGCUGUGAUAACAAGUGGCUUAUAUGAAUACAAAUAUUAAAUGUCAAAGCAAUUUUGGUUAAGUUCAACGAAAAAAAUAUUUUCUGAAAGCAAAACCAGCUUCAUAAUAAAAAUUAAUUAUGCACAACUGUUACAGAAAUUUUAUUCACCACGACAACAAAAUAAGCUUAAUGCGUAAACGCCCACAAAUAUCCUAUAAAAAAAUAAAAAUUUAAAUAAAAAUAUAUAUUGUAAUAACUGUGUGCUAAAAAUAAUAGUAGCACCAAGAAAAAAUAUCAGUGAAAUAAGCACGCUGAACGUUAACUGCCAGUAAACAUUCCAUUAUACCAAAAAAAAAAAUACUUUAAACAAGAAAGCUGCAUUACAACUAAAAUAACAAAGUAUUUACAAAGAAACUAAGAUUUAUGUGAUGCUAGUGUAUGCUUAGCAUAUAAAACGCAUUUUUGGGAAACUCACCACACCGUGGUGAAAAAGUUUUUUUACGCGCAAUAGCACAAAAUGAACUUGCUUUAUGUUUUAAACAUAAAGUUUUACACUUAGACUUCGUUCAUUAGUCCAACGCUCAUUAAAUUAUGCUGAAAAAGUUUUAUUAUGCUUCAAUUAGUGUAAUAGUAAAUAUGGAAUAAAAAUUAUCAACUCCGUGACAUGAAAAAUAAGCUUUGACAAAUUUUACAUAGUGGUAAAAUCAUAAUUUAGAGAUCUCGCUGCAAAAAUGGUUGUUUUUUAGAAACUUCGUUUACAUUAUUUAUACUAUGUCUAGGUGCACAAAUUUAAAUAAAUUGCACUCGAGAGUAAAGCACAUAGAGCAUUUUAAAAUUUCUCCAUAAACGUGAAAAUAAAUGUCUACUUUAUAACAAGUUUGCAAACACCAGUACUCCAAUAAAAAAUGCACAAAGUGUAACACUGAAAAUUUUUAAAACUCACCACGCUGUUUUGAGAUAUGCAUAUAUACAAAAAGUCAGCUAAUAAUAUACAUAAGUCAAGUUACUUUUCCCGAAAAUUAUACAAAAAGUUAGUGAAAAACAAAUAAGUGUACUAAUUACCACCUUGUGGUGAAUUUAAAACGAAUUUGGGAAUUCUGAUAUCAAACUUGAAAAUGCACAAAGAAACAAGCGACGCAAUAAACACAUUUCAAUUUAACCCCUAAAUAUAAGAAGCAACUUCGAAACGGUUUCAAAACCAAUUUUGAAAGCAAUCAGCAACAAGACAUUACUAAAAAGAUAACCACUUAUACUAACCGAAACUUACUACUGAAGAAUUAUUGAAAAAAAAAAAUCAGCACCAAAGCUUGAAAAUAGGUGAUAAUAAGCAGAAAUAUCAAAGCGCAACUUUUAACACACAGCACUACAAAAGCAACAAACAAUUAAAAACUCACCACACCCGUAUUCUAAGAUAAACUUAACGACAAUAUCAUGGGAUCACAUGGUGCCGGUACAUGCGAUUGCUGCGGUGGAGGUGGCGGUGGUAGCUCAUCCACCGCCAGCAACAAUGGCAACAGCGAUGCGCCGCAGCGCCAACAACAACAACAACAAGGAGAGCAUAGCAAUAACAACAGUCCACAACGACAACGGCCACAGGCCCAACAACAACAACAAGAACAUCCACAAUUUCCGCCGCACAUGUUCGGCGCCGCUGCCGCGCUGCACUUGCGACGCGAGCGCGAGCCGCCACAACUGCCGCCAUUGCCCAUUGUACCAAUUAUGCCGCCGCGCCCACCACCUGCCCGGCAGCAAUCGCAACACCACUUGGGCGUGCCGGCUGUGGCGAUAAUUGCGCCGCGCGGCAGUCGACACCAGCAAACGCAAGACGCGCAAAACAACAACAACAACAACAUGGUUGUUAGCGGCGGGGGCGGCGGCGCCGCGCAAACGCAACACGCCAGCAUCGCGCACUACAUCAAUCAGGUGAAUAUGCAUAUGAAUCUCAGCAACAACAACAACACAAAUACGGGCGGCACUGGCGUUGUUGUUGUUGGCGGCACCACCGGUGCCACAACUACGAACACGCUGAAUGUGAGCGUCACCAACGCCAGCGCACAGCACAACUACAACAACAACAAUCACAUAUAUGUGAACCCGCACUCGUACGAUGCGCAAACGGCGAGCGGCGCGGCACCGCGCACACAACAAAACAACAACAACGCCGCGAACACAACCACCAACAGCACCCAUAAUAACAAUUUGAAUAGGAGCAGCAGUAACAACAAUACGCACUCGAAUACGAACACCAGCAACACGAGCAUCUCGCAACACACCACCGCUACCGGUUCGACCGCAGUCGCGCUGCCACCACAAGCAUCAACAGCGAACGCGCACACGAAUCACACUCAACCACCGCCGCCGCAGAUCACCACCACCGGCGUCGGACCGCCGAACUUUGAUUGGCACUUCACGAACGGCAGCAGCAGCGCCGGCGCCUUUGGCGGUUUCGAGCUGACGCGCCAAUUCACCUCCUCCACACUGAGCACACUCAAUACAUAUCUAUUUCCGUGCGGCGCCGACUCCGCCGGCACCAUUGGCGGCGUUACGCUCAACAGCGGCAGUGGCUCGUGCGAUUUGGACAGCAACUUCAGUCAAAUGGUCGCCGGCAGCGAAGGCGGCGCCAGCUCCACCUUCAGCUCGGGUCUGGGCUUCAUCAAUAAGCGGCGCAUACGCCGUCUCUUCGGUGUCGGCACACCGGAUCAUCGCUGCACUGGCGCGCAUGCCGCGGCUGUGCGGCGACGCAGCUCGCCGCUGGUGCAUUUUCAAACGGCCGCUUUGGCUAAGAAGAAGCAACAACAAAUGGAACGCGAAGCAACUGUUGCCUCGGCAAAUGCGGCGCUGUUCGAACAGAAGAAGAAGAAAAAGAAGGAGAAGAAAAAACCGCCCGGACCACCGCCGCAAGUGCGCGCGCAGGCAUCGCGUCAAAUGGAGGAUCCGAUGAUGAAUCGGCCGCGUCGCCAGAACACGCCGAGCACCAAGAAGGACAAAGAGAAAGAGCAGCUGGAAUUUCAGUUGAAAAUAAUGCAACAGCUGCAGCAACAACAAUUACAGAAGCAACAGCAACAAGAUGUCGAACUGGACAUGGAGUAUAUCUAUGAGAAGUCUUUACCCAAAUUAAGCAGUCAAGACGAAGAAGGGGGGGCAGGUCAUGGGUAUGGUGGGGGGCCACAACACUUUGAACCCAUUCCUCAUGAUCAUGAUUUUUGCGAGAGAGUCGUUAUAAAUGUAAGCGGGUUAAGGUUCGAAACACAAUUACGAACGUUAAAUCAAUUUCCGGACACACUGCUGGGGGAUCCAGCUCGGCGAUUACGGUACUUUGACCCGCUUAGAAAUGAAUAUUUUUUUGACCGUAGUCGGCCGAGCUUCGAUGCAAUUUUAUACUAUUAUCAAAGUGGUGGUCGACUGCGGAGACCGGUCAAUGUCCCUUUAGACGUAUUUAGUGAAGAAAUAAAAUUUUAUGAAUUAGGUGAUCAAGCAAUUAAUAAAUUCAGAGAGGAUGAAGGCUUUAUUAAAGAAGAAGAAAGACCAUUGCCGGAGAAUGAGAAUCAAAGAAAAGUCUGGUUACUUUUCGAGUACCCGGAGAGUUCGCAAGCCGCCAGAGUUGUAGCCAUAAUUAGUGUAUUUGUUAUAUUGCUAUCAAUUGUUAUAUUUUGUCUAGAAACAUUACCCGAAUUUAAGCAUUACAAGGUGUUCAAUACAACAACAAAUGGCACAAAAAUCGAGGAAGACGAGGUGCCUGACAUCACAGAUCCUUUCUUCCUUAUAGAAACGUUAUGUAUUAUUUGGUUUACAUUUGAACUCACAGUCAGGUUCCUCGCAUGUCCGAAUAAGUUACAUUUCUGCAGGGAUGUCAUGAAUGUUAUCGACAUAAUCGCCAUCAUUCCGUAUUUUAUAACAUUGGCGACCGUCGUCGCCGAAGAGGAGGAUACGUUAAAUCUUCCAAAAGCGCCAGUCAGUCCACAGGACAAGUCAUCGAAUCAGGCUAUGUCCUUGGCAAUAUUACGAGUGAUACGAUUAGUUCGAGUAUUUCGAAUAUUUAAGUUAUCUAGGCAUUCGAAGGGUUUACAAAUUUUAGGACGAACUCUGAAAGCCUCAAUGCGGGAAUUAGGUUUACUUAUAUUUUUCUUAUUUAUAGGCGUUGUACUCUUCUCAUCGGCGGUUUAUUUUGCGGAAGCUGGAAGCGAAAAUUCCUUCUUCAAGUCCAUACCCGAUGCAUUUUGGUGGGCUGUCGUUACCAUGACAACCGUUGGAUAUGGUGACAUGACACCCGUCGGUGUUUGGGGUAAAAUCGUGGGAUCACUGUGUGCCAUUGCUGGUGUCUUGACAAUCGCUCUCCCGGUACCAGUUAUCGUCAGUAAUUUCAAUUACUUCUAUCACCGCGAAACGGAUCAAGAGGAGAUGCAGAGCCAAAACUUUAAUCACGUUACUAGUUGUCCAUAUUUACCAGGUACAUUAGUAGGUCAACAUUUAAAGAAAUCAUCGUUAUCUGAAUCCUCAUCGGAUAUGAUGGAUUUGGAUGAUGGUGUUGAAUCAACGCCAGGAUUGAGUGAAAUGCAUCCUGGUCGUGCGGUGGCUCCAUUUUUAGGAGCACAACAACAAUUGAUGGAAAAGCAGCAACAGCAGCAGCAGCAGUUACAACAACAGCAAGCGUCCAUGCAGCAGGCGUCGCCGCAGCAGUCUCAACAGCAGCAGCAUCAACAGCAGCAACAAACGCUGCAACUGCAGCAGCAGCAACAAAAUGGUUAUAAGCAAUCCGCAACAAGCGUCACUGGUGGCAAUAACCUAACGACUACAACAACAACGCUACGGCAUAACAAUGCCCUGGCCGUUAGUAUCGAAACCGACGUUUGACUACUGGCCGAUUUUUCGUCACAAUUUGUCACAUCAAAUCACCCGCAACAGCAACAACCAAAUUAUAUACAAGCAUAAACACAUACAUACACACAAACACACAAAAUGAUGACUGAAAAUAUGCAAUUUUUUUAAGUUGCACUAUUUGUAAAUUAAAUAUCAAAAUGUUAUUGUGUACAUAGGAGAAAAAAUAGCUAAAAGAAAAUAAAAAAUAAUUACAUUGAAAAAAAAAAAACAAAAACAAAAAACUACCAAAGAUAUGUAUUAAAAAAUUAACUAAAGUAAGCUUAAAUAUAUGUAAAUAUUAAAUUUAAAAAAUUAAAAAAUACAUAAAGACAAAUUAUUGAUAAAAAUAAUUACAAAAAAAAGAAACAAGAAAAUAAAUAAAUUCAAUAACUACAAUAAAAUAAUUUAAUGCAAAUAUGUAUGUAAAAGUAAAAUGUAAAUUCAACAGCUUUGAAUACCGUCCACGCACUCAUACGCAUAGUAACACACACACACACCGACAACAAAAAACCAACUGACUAUUUCGCUUAACACUUGAGGCGAUUAAGCCUUUAGCUCCUAUGAAAGAAAAAACAAAAAUAUAGUGAAAUUUUGAAAAACUUUUUACGCAAACACGCAGUAGCUUGCACAGCAGUUUCUUUUUUGUUUUAAUUUCUUGAUUUGAUUUUUUUUUUCGAAAAGUUCGCACACACAAAAACCGAAAUGACGCUUUGUAGUUCGCUGGAGUCGCAAAUAUCUACGCGUGCUUUAUUGAACGAGUAACGGUUGUUCUGUUGCUGAAGUAGAGUUGAUUUCACAGAGCUCACGCGCACAUGUGCUUUUUUCUUAAAGUAUGCAAAUCAAAAAAUACUCUUCUUUAUUACUGAUCUUUUUUAAUAUACAAGUACAUACGAUUUGAUACGACUGUGUUCAAAAUGUGAGGUGAAUUUGUUUAUAAAACAUUAAAUCUUUAUUUAUUAUUCUAAAUCAAUUUCGUCCCACACUUUUGCCCACGCUUUUUCCAGUUCUCGAAACAGUCGGAAAGUAUUUUUCCCGUGCAGCCUUCAGAACCUUCGAUUUGGCUUUUAUCUCCUCAAGCGUGUCAAAAAUGCGUCCCGCUUUGGCCAUUUGAAUUUAUUAAAUAGCUAUAAGUCCCGCGGAGCCAAAUCAAUCGAAUACGGUGGUUGCGGAGCGAAACGGGUUGAUUUGAGGCAUAGCGCGUUUUAGCGAUCUUAACACCAAAGGAGACUUAGGCCGUUUGACACACAAAACAAAAUAGUUUCGGCUGUGCCAAAGAUACUCAAACACUAUCUGCCAAUUGUCAGAUUUUCAAGCACCAAAGCUUUGAUUUUUUUGACCUAGCCCAUUUUUGAUACACAGAGAUAAUACUAUCAGAAAAGAAUUCUCUCCAAAUUUCAAUAUCAUAUCUCUCACUUUGAUCGAUGUCUUUGGUAAGAAGUCAACUAUAGGAUCUGGGCUAUUUUCUACGCUAAUAAAAACAAGAAGAUAGGCUCAGGGACUUCGCUUGGCAAUUGUUAUAUAAAAACCUGUCAACUUUGAAAAAACAAUUGAGCCUGCCUUCAUGAUGCCCAAAGUUUUAAAUGACACUUUCAGCUUACUUUUUGACACACACAGUAGUAUUCUCAGUAAAUCUGCUAAAAAAUAUUGACGCCCUUAUUACGUAAGGUAACUGUGGUAUAGUUUUUGGUUUACUUUCUCCUAAUAUUGCUUACAUUUGUUCAAGAAUUCAUAGUAAAUCAAGACAUAUAUAAAAUAGUUUAAAAAAUUUAGAGUUUUGAUUAAUUAAUCAGAAGAAAAUGUUCGUAAAGAAAUUAUUUUAGCACUGGUGGUGAUAAUUGUUAGGCUUCUUUUAUUUAUUCAUCCCUUGAAAUAAUAGCUCAAUGCCAAUCUUUCCAAAAACUAUUGGAAUGUUUGCCCAAGUCCUUAUCGGCUUAUAUAACUAUCUUUACAUGCUCUUCAGUCCAUUUCCGUAACAACCUUUUACUGAAUUUUGAAGGCUUUUUCUUUCAAAAUUGCAUUGACACGAAAUUAUGUCCGACUUGACAUAUUCUUUAUUGGAGGAAUUCCCGAGUAAAAAUUAAAAUUAUAGACUUUUUUCUAAUGAGCAGACAGCGUCAAAACUCAGGCUGUGUCAUUGGUUAGAAAAAUUCUUACAAAAUUCCAUAUUUUGCGGAAGGCAAUAGGUGGUCAAAUGUUCAAAUAAUGGAUAAUUCCACAGAGAACAUCUUUUUUUAAGACGACGAUUUUCUAAAUUAUAGAUCGUUAGUAAAUCUACUAUGCUAUCAUUUAUUUUCUAAGUUGUUGAUUAUUAAUAUAAUAGAUCUACUUUUCUAUAUAUUAUUUUCUCACUUUUAUAGCUCUGAGAUCGUAUAUCACAUGCCACAAAAUUGUAAAUGCUUUUAUGUUUUAUCAAUCUUUAUACGAUAUGGUAUAAGAUACAAUGUACUUUCGUCUCUAUGGCUUUCUCUGUCAACCCAUUACGUUCGUACCUUAAAGCUUCCAUUUAUUUUUGUUCAGAAAUGUGAAAGCUGCUUUAGAGCUUUCACUGCGGAAAUCACAUUGUACGAUACCAAAGUUCAAGCUUAAAACUUACUAAAGUUCUCUCAUCCAGUUUCGUAGUUUGAAAAGGAAUUGGAAAUUUUAAGCACAUUUGAGAUUCUUGGCACUCAAACCAGAAAACAAUUUACUUGUCGUUUACUGUUUUGAAAAUUUGGUUGUAUUUUGCUAUUCCGGCAGAUUUUCUCCUUCUUAUUAAGUAAUAAUUUUAAUUGCUUAAUCAAUCUUUAUUCAGCGGACUGCCAUCUCGUUCAGUAAUAGCCCUCGCUUCAACUCUAACGACUUACUGUAAAUAUUUACAGCUGAUAUUACGAAAAAAACAAUAUUUAAAAUUACAAACCAAUGAAAGUAAUAAUAAUCAACACGUAACAAAAACAAACACAAACACUUUGUACAAAUAUAAAACAGUUUUAUUAGAAAUAGUAGAAUUACGCUGAAAAGGAUACGUAUGGCUAGGCGCUUAAAACAGUUAAAAAAGCAAGCACGUGGUAGCUAGUGAUUAGAAACAGGGCAUAUAAGGCGUGCAGCUAGCUUUUAGUGCGUUUUGGAGAUGUUUCGGUUUAAUUUUUUUCAACUAAGUAAGAUGACUGCUUUUCAAAUUCUGCAUAUCACAAAAUUAGUUCAAAUGCGUCUUAAAGUUUAAGCUGCGAAAAUUGAAGUUAGAGCACAGAAUUUUAGUAAGAAAAAUACUCGAAAAAAUUUAUCAGCCUGAACUGUUCUAGACAUUUACCAAAACUGACUGUCUGUAUCUUCCUUAAGCCGCAGCAAAGCGUCGCCUCUCCAACUAAGCUCCCUUCCCCACACCCUAACUGCAUUCAUUUGUUGUUCGAUAGUAUGUCUCUUGAGCGAGUUAUGCAACAUACAAAGCUUAACUAAAUGUUUAAAUUUGGAAUAAAUGUGUUCAAAAAAUAUAAUUAUAAACAUAUAACAAAACUAAUUAAAUGAGUAAAUAGCGAAAUAUUAAAAAAAAUUACAAAAUAAUAAUUUAAAGUAAAACAAAAUAAGUUGCGAUGUGAAGUUGAAAAUUUUUCUUAUGUGUACCAAAAACCAAAAAAACAACAAAAAAUAAUUUCAAAAAAAAAAAAAGUAAUGGAAAAUGUAAUGAAAUUUAAUAGUGUGAACGUGUAAAAAUUGUUAGAUAUGUAUUGUAAAUAGUUAAGAGGUAAACAAAAGCAAAUGUGAGUAAGUAAUUAAAUUAAUUUACGCCAUACAAAUGUAAUAUAUUGAAUGCAAAUAAGAAAGAAUGGAGAAUAAAAAUUUAUUUAUGAAAUGAAACAAACAAAACAAAAGCAUAUGAAUUUCAUUUAAGAAUUAAUAAUAAUUAAAAAAAUAAAAACGUAAAAAAUUGUAAAAAGUUAAUUGAAUUUAGUCUAGUUUAGUUGUUAGUGUAAACGUACGUAAUUAAUUUAAGUUGUACUAGGUUCUUGGAAUUGUGUAAAUUUUUGUACAUUUAAUUAAAAAAUUAAUUAAUUUAGCUAGCUAGUGGCUUAGUGCAAAGUUAGCGUAAAAAAUUUGAAAAAGUUUCAAUUGAAUUUAUAUAAAAAUGAUCUUAUCCAUUAUUUAUUGCAUUAAUAGUUAAUUAAAUAGCUCAUUUUUGUUUUGUAUCAACGAUUAUACGUAUGUAUGUAUGUAUCACCAGCUGUUGAUUAUUAUUUAAUGUUUUUUACCAACGAAAAUAGCAUAGCGCAAUAGUGAUUGAAAUAAAUUGUGAGAUAUCACAUAUACAUACAUACUUUGGGUUUUUGUUUUAUUAUUAUUAUUUUAAAGCUUAGAGUAUUGAGUUUUAAGUAGCGUUUUUAUUCAGUACUUGGACUUGUAUUUUUAGUUAUUUUUAUUUAAAAUUGUUUAUCUAUUUAUUUAUUUAUUUUUUUAUUUUAUUAUUUUUUUUUUGUUUAAUUUGUUGAGAGUUUAUUAGUUGUAAACUAUAUUGUGCAUUUAGUUUAGUUUAAUAAUUACUUGUUUUAAUAUACAUUUUGUAAAUUAUUUAAUAUAUUAAUUAAUACUCUUUUUAAAGCUUAAUCAAACCUCAGAAAUUAAAAAAGUGUAAUUUUCGCCUAAUCGACUUUUACGAAAGUAUAGUGCAGUCGGAUUCACGACUUUGCCAUCACUUGAUAAAAUUAAAAAAUGAACACUUAUUCUGAAUAGCAACAUUGUGCAACAUUUAUAUUCAUUGCAUUGUUUAUAUAUGCACUUAUAUACUUUUGAUUUUUUUGUCAAAAAUAAUAAUAUGUAAACUCCAAUAUUGGAAAUACUUGUUGCUCAAAUGUUUAAAGAAUAUUUUGUGCAACAUUUGUAUAGAUAUUGCAAAAAAUAAUAAAAAGCUGCUAAGAUAUUCGAAUAUAAUCGCCAUUAUAUGGGAAUGUUGCAGGAAUAUGUUGCGCAACAUUUGUGUUGAUGUUGCCAAAAAUAAUUAAAAGUGACUAGGCGAUUAAAAUGUAAACUCGAACCGAUGUUGCAAGAACAUGAUGCUAAAAUAUGUUGCACAACAUUUUUGUUGGUGUUGUCAAGAGUAAUUAAAAACGGUGGCGCUAUUCAAAUGUAAACUCCAAAAAAUAUUACAAGAACUUGUUCCCAAAAUAUCGCAACAUUUAUGUUGAUAUAUUGAAUUGCUUUUGUAUUUGUAGUGAUAAAAGUGGUUAACGGAAAUCUUAAUCAAUAACCAAUUUGAUCACUACAAAUGCAAAAGCUAUUCUAAUAUCAACAUAAAUGUUAAAUGUCGAUGUUUCCAUUCACAUUGUUUGAGCCGUGAGUUUCCUGUACUGACUGUUGCUUUUAUUGCGCAACAUUUUGUUGACCAAUAUUAUCACCGUUUGACAACAACGAAUAGCCACUUUCAUGUUAAAAUUUAUGCUCAUAAAACUAUUUUUAUUUUUAUCUCCUAGCAACAUUAUACGAACUUGCAACAAUUAUAUUCGAAACAUUUUGCCAGCAACAUUUGGUUUCUAAAUAAUUGCGUUGUAUAAUUAUAUUAUAUGUAAAUCCAUAGUAUUUCAUAUUUUGUUAUUAUAUAAACCACUUAAAAAUUUUAGUUUCAAAUGUUGCGCAACAUGUUUGUGUAAAUUACCCAAAUUGCUGCCAAUUUCAUUAAAUGGAAACUCGGCCUGCAAUAUUUCUAAACUAAAGCUGCUAACAAACAUUUUUUUUAUUUUCAGUCUGAUUUUUUUAUAUAUUUAUAUUUUUAUUUUUUUUAUAUUUGACUAAAUAGGCAAAUUGUACGCUUGCUUUGCUCUCAUAAGUUAAUAAAAGCUUUUAGUUUAUAUUUCGUAUAAAUUUUAUUCAUAUAUUUUAGCGUAGCUCCAUAUUUUUGAACAUUUAUUUUUCAUAAUUAAUAAUUUUUGCUUAAAUUAAUUGCCGUCCAAAAUUUUUUGUUAUGUGUAGAAAGGCAUAGCAAAAUAGCUACCCUCAAACUACCCAAAACUUACUCAGUAUUUAGUUAAAAAAAAUUUUAGGUACUCGUAGUAAUUUGUGUGAUUUCUUUAAAAUUUUAGUUACUCUUUAAAACAUAUCAGUUGAAAGAAUAUAUAAUAUUAAUAGAAAUUAUUGAAAACGACGUUCAUAAGUAUACUAAUAUAAUUAAAAAAUGCAAGAAACGCUUAGUAAAAUUAAAUUUUUUAGUGUCUAAUGUUGAAAAUUAAAAGUAAUUAUUAUAGAAACAUAUAUAUAAAUUAUAUGUAAAUGAAGUAUUUCCAAAAUUUGCGCAUAGAUUUGUAUUUUUCCAAUUAAUGCUCCCGAUUAUGAUUAGAAAGACCCUUACUACAGUCGCACUUAGAAAAUUACAACAAACUUGAAAGUUGUAUGUAUGUAGUAAAGCACGUUUGAGUUAUACGCAUACAUACAAACUAUUCAUUCAUGCAUAUGCAUUAGUGCGUAGAACGUUAAACGUAAGGCAUAUGUACCUAUUUAACAUACGUACGAAGUUAGUAAGCGAAGUCGCGCACGCCGUCGCAAGCGAGAUUGUUAGACGACAGUAGUGAAGUAAUUUGCUUGAAAAAUAUAUAAACGAUUUUUUGUUAUUCAUUUAUAUAAGUAUCUUUUGAACUUAAUUUUAAUUAGUACUUUUUAAUUAAUAUUUAUUUUGUAAUAAAAAACAUUUUUGUUCGGAACCCUUUCGAAUUUCUGCAUUCAUCGAGCUGUAUUUUAAUUUGAGCUAAAUACUCCUUAUAUCAGUGUACUAAGUCAAUAUCAGUAGGCAGAAAAAGUUCAAUUAAACAGUAGAGUUUUUUAUUUUCCAAUGAUAUUUGCACUAAAAUUUUCAAAUAUUUCAUCUUCUUAUGCUUUAUGCUGAAAGCAACUUCUUCAAGCUUUACUAACACAAUUUUCAAAUAGUGAAAGUUUAGUUCUCCAAUCAAAUUCGAAGCUAUUUUCCUUUUAAGAUUUCUUUUUGUCUAAUGUAAUUUUUUAAAAUUCUCUAACUUGUAAGCCUGCGUUUGCUGGGCUCUUUGAAGCCAGCCAUCGUACUGUUCAUUUUAUGCACUUGACGAUUUUCGUUUGUUAAAAGCUCACACUUUGUUGCUUUUUUCAUGAAUUCUUAGCCAAAAACAAUGCUGAAACGAUGCGCCAACUUUCAUAUUCGGCAGACAUGUUCUCCGUAAGACUUUUUGUUAUUAUUAUUAAUAAAGCGAACCUUAAAGUGCCGUCGGUUUCCAACCAUAGAUGCUGAAAAAGUUUAAUUCCAUUCCAAAAAUUUAGUCUAAUAUUUUACUAUAUUUUACGUACUCUGCUGCUCACAUUUCAUCUUAAUUAUAUAUAAAAGAUUUCGAUUUUGAAGUUGCUUAUACCUUUUAUGAUACGGGGAUUUUCAGCUAUUUCCUAUAAAUUCUUGAGGGUCACGAAUACUAAUUUGAAUUUUUUACGAUUUAUAGUUUUUCUGCUUAUUUCCAAUUUUUUAUUAGUUAUUUAUAUAUUUUUUAUCAAAUUAUAGAACCCAUUGUAGUUUUUAACGAUUUUUCUAAUCAAAUUAGUAAAAACUAAUAUGAGUUAUUUAGUUGUUUUUAUAAUAGUUAGAUCAUUAUUGUUUGACUAAAUGAAUUAAACAUAUCGCUAAUAAUAUUAUCAAUGAAAUUGAACGAAUUAUCUAAAACCAGGUCUUUCACUCUUCCCUCUCUUUCGCUCUCGUGCUCUUCUAUCUCUACAACUGCAUUAUAUUUGAGCUUUUUAAAAGCUUCGAAAUGCAAACAACCAAGUUAAAAGAAUUCUGACGAACUAAAAACUGACUUUUCCGCUUUUAUGCCUAAAGAAAACUCCAAUAGAUAAUUUAAUAGGCUUGCUGGAGCAGAACAUAGCAAAGCAGAAACGAAAGAAAUAUUUUAAUAAAAAUUCAAAAUACUAAAAUUUCUUUUGAUAAAAAGACUGGAAAUAGAAAAAUUACAUAUGUAUAUUAAAAAUACUAAUUAAAUAGCAUAAAACAUUUAAAUUGGAAAAUGCAAAAAUUGAUAUGUUGAAGUUAUUUUUUCAUAACUUUUUUUUCAAAUUUUUUUUUUUCAAAAAAUUUCUUUUUCAUACUAUUUUUUCAAAACUUUGUUUUUCAAAAUUUGUUCUUUUUUUAAUUAUUUUUUACAUUGUCUACAAACCAGCAUUGGCUUCAAGUUUGCGAAAACUUAGCUAAUUUUUUGCAAAUUAAAAAUAUAAAAAUGGCUUAAGUCGCCUUUACAAAUAUUUGAAAGAGUGUAUUCAAUGCGAGUAUAAAUUUGUUACUAUUAAAGUAAAUUUUUUUAUAAUUUAUUAUAAAAUGAUUAUAUAUCGGAUAUUAUAUCAGACAGGGAUUUUCAAUUUUUUUUUUGCGUUGCUCUGCAUUUUAGGUGACGAUAUGUAGUUACUCUGUUUUUUUUUCAUUUAAAAAAUAUUUAUUUUUUUUUGUUUUUGAACUGAUUUUUUUUUUGAAAAAUUGUUCACAUAUAUUAAAGGUGUGUACCCAGAAAUUAAAUUUAGAAGCAUUGCUUUACGAAUAUUUCUAAAAUCCAACUUAAGUUAGUUUAAACUCAGCGUCUGAGACGCGAAUUGCUAAUUAAAAAAUUAAAAAAAAAAUAAGAAACAUAAAGAUAAAAUUUGCAUUAAAAAUAUUAUUAUAUAUAUGUAAAAUUGAAAAUGAAAUUAAAAAGAAAAUAUUGUAAGUAAAUAAUAUGCAUUAUCCUUUGUUAAAUAUGAUUAGUUAGCGAACCAAAUGCAACAUACAUAAUUAUAUACAAGUAUUAAAUACUCGUAAGCUACCUUGAACGCAAUUUGCCACAUAGAGUAUAAAUAGAAAUAUUUGAACAAAUAAUAAAUGAAAAAAAAAAUAACAAAAAUAAAUUGCGCCAGCCUGAUAACUUUAAAUACGAAAGAACAAGCAACGUAAAUACGCUAAUAAUUGAAAAUUAAAAUAGAAAACAAAAAAUGCAGUUCAAACAAAAUAAUAAACGCCAGUAAUACUUUAAAUUCUAAACGUACACACACAAGCAAAAUUAAAAAAAAAAUUAAAUUAAACUACUAGCAGAAAAUAUGUCAAAAAUUAAUAAAACAAAAACACAAGCCAAUACAUUUAUAAUUAAUAAUUUUUAAUUUUCAAUUACGAUUAUUACUUAAUUAUGCUUGAAAAGAAAAACAAAAUUAUAUAAUUAAAACCAAAUGAAAAAAAUACUAAGAAAAUUAAAAUUAAAAAAAAAAUUAAACAAAGUUGUUAAGCAUUAAAAUGUUUUAUAAACGUUAUGAACAAUUAAUUAAAUUAUAAGUGAAAAUCAAUUAACAAUAAAAAAAAUACGAAAAACAAAUAAAAACCAAGAAAAAACACAAAACGCUGCGUAAUUCGAGAUGUUAAAGCAUAAAUAAAUAAUUGAAAAAACAAAAUACACAUAAAACGCUAAAACACAAACAACAAAAAAUUAAUUUAGCGAAAAAUAUAUUAAAAAUAUGAACAUUUCAUAGAAACCAAAGCAAAAGAAAAAAAAUACAAAAAUUAUAAAUUGAUAAAUAAUUAAUAAACAAAAUACAAAGAAGAA